UAGUUGAAUAGCUCACCGAUGAAAAAUUGCGGCGUUACUUGUUUGUGUAUACUAGUUCAUGCUUCACAUAGUUUCUGCCACAUUUUUCUUUAUUGACUUCGUUAUCUGAACGAGCCCGACACAAACUGAAAAUGACAGAAUUUUUGUGUCGCUGUAAGUACUAGCCUGUGCCAUUAGUGGCGUGGCAAAAACAAAAACCGAGUGGAACAUCGAAGCGGUACACCACCGGUAACCAUUGGGCGUCAGUCAGGAUAAUCGAGAAUGGAUCCACCCAAUCAAAAAGAUUUACAGCGUAAGGAACGAACAAAACGAAUACGGAUUUUGCGCGAUUACACUCAUAUUAUGCCAGUUGCUGAAAAUCUUACAACUGUCGCGAACCAACCGUCCACUCAUUCCGUCUGCGCGGCAACAAUGAAAGCUCUCUUCAUGGAAUGUGUUCACGACCCCGAUUCAGCGGUUGUGCACGCAAAAAUCCAAGAAGGAUGGAAAAAACUGGGAAAGGCUGCAAAUCUGAUGGUGCAUUUUCCGGUAGGCAAAGCGAGUGUUUCUGUAGUUUCCUGUCUCAAGUACUUGUCCCGACGACAUGGUCUUCCGCAACCAGUAGUUAAAUACCUGCUGUCCAAGUUGUGCUCGAUUACCGAUAAGAACCCGGAAGUUUCGAGUGACGUUUACUUGAACCAGCAAAUCGCACAGUGUCUGAAAUACUGCCUGCAACAAGAUCCGGCAGUUAUCAACGCGAAGGAACUUGUGACUGCUUGUUCUACCGUGCUGGAUGCGGACGCCACGGAUGCCUUUCGUGACCUACCUUUGCACACCCGAGAACUUGUUUCGCAGCUGAUGCAAUGCAUCAUCCUGAAGAUCAGUGCAUGCAGCUCUGGUAACGAAGCAGAUCGUGAUGGCUUGGUUAAACUAGCAUUUAAAUACGCUUCUGCUGUAAAUGCUGAUACAAAACUCCAGUUCCAAGAAACGCUGCAGGCACAUGGAAUAUCGGUGUCGGUGGGUGGCAAGAAGCCGUCUGCAGCUGCACCCAUCGACAUUGUCAGUGAAAACAGCAGCUGGUCAAGCGAACGACUACUGGCCAGCGGACAGGAGAUGCUUAGACAAUGCGUGAACUCGGGGAAAAGUGCAGUGAAAGCUGACGCCGUAAAGACGCAACAAACAGUCACCACGGUAUACAAAGAAAAUAUGUCAGAGAAAACGGAAUUGCAGCGGAUUGAUUUGGCUAAAGCCCUGAACAGCAGUCGCGCCAGCAAUCGUGGAACCGCGCAGAAAAUGGAAAUCAACCCGGCGCUGAUUAGUAAGGGCAGCAGCGUCCGUUCUUACUUCCGCAGCACUGCGCAAGAAAUUGAUAAUCUGUUGGCCCGAGCUCAAGCAAACAUGGCCGUCUGCCAGGACGAUAUCGUGUAUCUAAAGGAUAAAUUCUGUUACGGUUACGUGGGGAAUUUCUGGGAAGGCCGAAUGACAACCUUUGCCAAUAUUGCGCUGGCCUUUUCCCUCAUCGCCAAGAAUCAGGUCGUGGACGAUGCCACGCAACUGGAGCUGGCAAAAUCAACUUUCGAAGCGUCACUGGACAGAGGUUACGAUGACUGCCGGCUAAAGUUCUUGAAAAUGUACCAUCUGUGUGCCGAGCGAAGUAAUGGAAAACUACCGGAAAAAGUCUUGAAAAUCUUAUUAAAUUUCCAAACGAAGAGCAGCGAGUGUACGCGGGAUAUGAAGAAAAUGUUGUGGGUCAUUCUGAAAAAGGACGACAACAAUAUGCAGGAGAGUUUUGCUGUUGCCCUGGAUAUCGUGAAGCUUGCAACGGGAGAACAGGAUGAAGUGACCCAGCAUAGCAUUGAAUAUAUCUGGGAGCAAGUUGUCCAUCCCGGUCGCGCGCUAAAUUUAGAGAAAAGUUUGUCUUUUUCCAGUACAUUGGUUGAUAUCUUGACCGGCCAGAAUAAAGGUCACUACGGCUUGAAAACCGCUGCUUCAGUGGCCGCCGUCCUGAACGACUUGAUGGCACACGCCCAUGAGAAGCUUCCCCGGGCCAUAUCAGAGAGUAUUCAAAGUCUGCUGACUACUGUGGAGCAAGCCUCGACAUUGUACUCCCACUGGAAUAGGAAGGAUUCCGAAGCGAUUCAAAAACUUUAUGUACAGAGUAUCAUUGGGAUUACCCUUAAAACACUUAGCCACCCGAAAUUCAACGUCUCAGACAGAAAUUCAAAGGAGACAAUUCGAAUGCUGGUGCAGCAUGCGCUGUACUUGGAGACUGACCGGCAGCUGGCUGCAAAUAUCAUCGUUGUCGUGGGUAACUUGGUCAUUGCAAAGAAGGUGAGCCUCAUACCCGGAGUGGAGCGGCUGGCAUCCCGUCUCAAAUUCAACGACGCUAUCGACGAAGACGGUGUCAUUCGGCUUAAUGCUGACCACAAUACAAAGGCCGUGGGUCUCCAAUACGUAACGGCAGUUAUUUCUGAAAUGCUGCUGCAGCUGAUUUUUCUCCCAAAGAACUCUUUAAACUCCAGCGUCCCCCUCGAUGAAAUACUGGCCGCAAUCCAUUCCAGUCCGGACAAGAACACGCAGAUACGCUGUGCUGAAUGCGUUUUCCAUGCAGCAAUUAACCGCUACUCCUUCCUGACCGAUAAGCAUCUGUGGCCAUUGCUUGCCCUAACUACCAGCGCGGUUACUGAUGUCCGCAUUAACUGCACAGCCGCAUACUGUCUGCUUCUCGAGCGCGUGACGUUUAGCGAGAGGAAACAGACCCUGACUGCAGGCGCACUGACGGAUUUGGCCCUCAUGUUCAGUUUUGAGCCGGUCUUGCUGAGCGGACGCGAUUUUACCAUGGAGAUCAAUGCCUCCGUCUUAAAGGUCGUGUUGAAUUCUGCGUCGAAUGUUCAGUUUACGGAAACGGUGCACCAGCAAUUGUCGACUAUCUUAAUGGCAGAAGAAGCGCCACACGCUAAAGCACACCAAGAAAUUGUGGUCAGGAUCUUGUACGCGCAGGUUCAGUCGCCAGUGGUACAACGUGCACUUCCAGUGUACUGUUUGAAUGCAGUGGAGAACAUGAUUCUAAAUGACAAUCAGCAUUUCGAAAUCUGUGCCAAUAUCUUAUUUGUGAUUUCGCAGAAAUUUUACCAGUGUAUAAAUCCUGCAGUAUUGGCGAUUUUACAGCAGCGCUUCGAUACGGAACAACGCUGUGAACGACUGGGCUUCUGGUUGACCUUCUCAGCCGUCUGUGUGCAAGAUGUUUCUGAGCAUGCUUUUUGUCGUUUUGACUUGGAAUUUGCAACGGCGCGCAUAUUGGCAGCGCACAGUUCUUCGGCGAGUUUCGGAUUUUCGGAGUUAUUAGAUCAACGAACAAAGAACGGCUUAUUUGAGAUUUUAAAACGGUAUUUCCAGGCAGGAUUUACAAUGUCCAUGUUGAACAAGAGAUUCUUCGAACUGUGCAUUAUAAAGAGCGUCAAUGUGGAAAUCAUCUUGGAGUGUUUACUGUUAGUGUGCGAAAACGGGCAAAUUCUCCCUCACGAAAUAAUUGACCGGGUAUUUGACAAUAAAACGGCGAAGCUUCAGAUGCCGGUUAUUCAGCUCCGUUUGGCCAGCGCAAUCGUCCAGAACAACCAAUCGAUACCAGAAGCUUUCACCCAGAAAAUCGUAAAGGAUUUCUGUUCUGGUAGCUUCCCAAAUCUGUUUCGAAACUUCGAGAAUUGUGCUAAGUUUAGCAUUAUUACUAAACUAAUGAACAAUAACUUCGAAGUUCCCGACACGCAUGACGUUACUGCUAAACUCUGUGAAGGUUGGAAAAAGGAAAGCGGCGGCAAUCAUCGCCAAAAACUUGAUAUACUUUCCGCUCUUGCGAGCCAAGCUAACUCUGCAUCCGCUGCAUGGAAGAUCGAUCCAGAACGAUUGAAAGCGGUCUUCGUGGAAGCGAUGAGCUCUGAUAACGCCCAGAUGAUUGAAACCGCGCUGAAUGGUUUCAUAUCUCUGAGCCGUUACAAUAGUCCGGUGAAAGCAGCGCUUCAUGACGAAAAAGAUUUCAAGCUGUUGAUAAAACUUCAACGAUCUGCUUCGUCCACCGGUUCCCUUAAAGAAACGGUCUCCGAGUAUUUAACAUCAAUGCACAAAAUAUUACCGGCGUCUGUGAAGGCCAGCCUGAACCUGUCGCAUCUGGAAAACAAGACUAACGUGGAAAUGCUGACAGAUCUCCCCAUGUUGUGCAGGCUGGAUGAUUUUGAAUUCUUCGAAUCGCAAGACUGUCAAGCUCGAAUGCAAAAAAUUUUUGAAAACGAUACCGACCCGAAAGUUCUGAAUGCAGCGCUCGCAAUUGUGAAGAGCUAUCCGCGGCUUUCUAGAUUGCCGGAAAAGACUUUGGAAGCCGUUGGGUUCGCCAAGCUCAGCACCAAUAAUCAGAAAGUUUCUGACACGUGUGAGAGCGUGAUAGUUGCGGGCCUGAACCAUGGUAUCAAGCCAACGGAAAAUCUGAAAGCGUACAUUUCUACCGAUCGGCAAAGUAUAGGCGCUUCCUCAGUGUUUGCGAAUGAAUUCGAUAGCCACCGGAAAUCCAGUAAACUGUACAAACUCUUAAACGCAGAAAUUGCGGCAGACGUUCUGACUACAAUGCUGCAUGAAAUCAGCCAAAUUGAUUUGGAUGAGCGAACGUUAACGGCACUUCUGGAAAAGGAUUUUUCCCGGUUUACGAUUCUCGCAGAAUAUCUAGCUGGCAAAGUCUCAACGUCUCAGAUUUUCGAUGCUCUUGACAAGAACUGUGAACUGCGAACGAGAAUCAUGGAAAUAUUUUGUGAUAAAAUCAGGACUCAUGGAGAGUCCAUCAGCGAUACACUACUGGAAGCGCUGAAAACCGUAUUAUCGUUACAUGAACAACCAGUAAUAAUGAGUCCGGACGAAUUCGUUCAAGUUUUUGCUGAUUCCUUAAUCAGCGAAACAACCUCGAUAGUCAAGGUACGACUUAUCGUGCAGUGUCUUGUUGCGUUGAUGAAGUCGGCGAGUUGCAACGCCCCAGAAACGCUGCUCCAACCAAGAGUCUUGGGCUAUCUGGUAAUGCUGCUCCAGCAUCCAUCGUGUCUUGUGCGUAGGCAAUGUGUACUUGGGCUCGACAUUGUGUAUUCCAUGGCGGUGGUUGCACUGGUUGGAGACACUGAGAUCACUGCCGGAUUCUCACCGGUAGUCGCAGGUUUCAAAACUUUUUUUGGCUCAAUCUGCACGCACGCGUUUCAGCGAAUCUUUGCCAAUUGCGGUGAUGGCGAAGUCGUACAUCAGCUGGCGUUUGACACGAAUUUCAACGAAGGUUUUGCCAAGUUUCUCUUAUGCCUAACACACUGGGAUUUCGAAAUUAUCAAACCGAUUCGAUUGAAUAGAAUGCAGUGGCGACAGCAGAUGCUUAUCUCCGAUUUCCUGGUGAACUUUGUGGAUUCCUUUGACUUGGCUGUUGACAUACAUCAGCACGUGACGAUCAUUGCAAACAAGUUUCAUGUUGACGAAGAACGAGAGGAGUUUUUCGAUUACCUGACCUUAGUGUGCAGCAGUGUCGAGAAAUUAUCACUGCAGAGAAUACUGUUUGGUUUGACAAUACUAGACGCACCAGAACUGAAAGAAUGUCAGCAAACUUCCAAGGGCGACUUCGAAAGGCAGACUGCCGAACAAUUCAUCUUAAAGUUGCUUGCGGCAAAGAUCACAUUCACUCAGUCUACACAGAUUCUUGGCUUAUUGACACAACAACUUAUGUCCGCAUUCGGAAUUGACGUGGCCGCAGUAAUCUGUACGGAUUGCGGUAAAAUUAACUCCAUGCAAGAGUUCACAGCCUUUUUUGAUUACUUUAAAGGAGCAAACAUUCAGAAUUUGAUAGAAAAAAAGUAUUUCUUCAGGCAGAACAAUCCAGGCACAAAACGACUUCAAGAAAUUGCUGUUCAGCUGGGAACCGAGCUCCUCAUGCAGAAUAUUCCGGAUAAUACCAUUCACCGAAAAAGACUUGAACGCGUGAUCGGGGAAUUAUGCCAAGGUGCAGUGUCGCUUUGCGAUUUGCAACAACUUCUCGCUUUUUGUUCGGCUACUAAUCCCAACCUGAAAUCAUUCGAGCACGCAAUUGGCCAAGCGCACCAGUAUAAUUUAUCCGGUGCGUCGUUCACCGCCCUUCGGCAGGCAGUCUCCAUUGCCCGCACCGAAUCGGAGAUCGUAGCAGUUGUUAACACUUUUACUCGCGAAAAGGUUUUCGAAGGUAAACACGGUGUUAAACAGGUAGCGCACAUCGUCGGCGAAUUCCGCCGCAACAACACGCGAGUGUCAUACAAAUGGAUCUGUCUACGCGAACGCUUCAUGAAAGCCGGUUACGAAUGGGACAUUUUGCAGUUACACAUUUUCCGCAUCUUCGAUGCUGAUCUGCGCAGUCGUGUUUACAAAUCCGACAUGUUGGUCAGCACAUGGACCGCUACGGACAUUACGCAUUGGGCGCAGCGAGCCGUUGCCCGGAGGCACGAAUAUCGACCAGCGGAAUUCGUAACGGAGGCCUUGGCGAUCGCCCGCCUCGCCAUGGAAAAUUUUAAAAAUUUCGUUCUCACAAAAGUACAAAUUUUAAGUUGUCUGGUCGCUCUGGAUAAACUGAAGAAGGACACCACGAAAGGUCAACUGCAGCAAGUCGCCACCGGAUCCGGUAAAUCCGCGAUCGUUGCGGUAUUAGCCGCGGUAAAAGCACUCGAAGGUCACACCGUGGACAUUUACACCAGCAGUCCGGUGCUGGCGGAACGCGACGCACAGGAAUGGACACAGUUUUACCAACUGUUUGGACUGACGUGCGGGCACAACGGCGACAAAGGCGUGUACGUUGCCAAGAAGAAGCCGUGCUACGAUCAGCGGAUUGUGUACGGCGAAUGUGCGCAGUUCCAGUUUGAUUAUCUGCGGGAUAAAUACAGUGGACUGGGUACGUUGGGCGGCCGCACCACGGACUUCGCUAUCGUGGAUGAAGUGGAUUCCGCUCUAAUAGACGACAGCGCGAAAUUAGCUCGCCUCUCAACGACGCUGCCGGGAAUGGACACGCUACAUGUGUUGUACUGCCUCAUUUGGGAUCGUUUGACGCAUGUACAGUCUCACCUGUUCUCCGUUGGGGAACAUCAGUUCUAUGUUGAGGGCCGAAUCACAGUCGAUGAAAUCAGCGGCACAUUCACUUACCAGUUUGCGAAUUCAAACGGCGAACUGCUGAUAAUUCACGAUCUAGUCAGGUUUAUUUUUGAAGCAUCGAGCGCCGCUUUAGUAACCGCGCAAAUCUUCGAGAUCAACGAGCUGGAAACGUUUCUGAAAAGCCAUAUGACACAGCACAUUCAGUCCGUAUUGGAAUCAAAGUCACUCUGUCUGCAGUUUCCUGCCAAUAUCGCAGACUUUGCACGAAACCAGAUUCCGUUGUGGGUGGAGAGCGCACUGACCGCGAUCAAGUACCAGGAGAACGUCCACUACAUUGUCGAUGAGGGGCAGAUUAAACCGGUGGACUAUGCAACCACAGGCGUGGUGCAGUCCAGCACCAACUGGAACAACGGUCUCCACCAGUUCCUACAACUGAAGCACUCAUUGAAGAUCCACUCUGAAACUGUGACCACCAACUUCUUGUCAAAUUAUUCAAUGUUCAACAAGUACGGCACCAACAUAAUCGGCUUCACAGGAACAUUAGGAUCCAGCUACGAACGGGAGAUUAUGUACAACAUUUAUCAUGUGAAAUUGCUCGUUCUUCCGGAAACUUACUUUAAACGUUAUACACAAUUUCCGGAUAUCUGCGUCGAAAACGAAGAGCAGUGGUUGAGAGAAAUUGCAGUUACGACACUCGCCGAGACGUCAAAAAAGCGUGCGGUGUUGGUGAUUUGUGAGACCAUAAAAUCUGCGCACUUGAUUGGCUCUGUUUUCUCUAGCUUUAAGGUUAAGGUCAAGCUGUACGUCAAAAAUCAAGAAGGACAAGAAAAGCAAAUCGAACGGCUCCAUCCUGGAGAUAUCGUGGUGGCAACCAACCUUGCGGGCCGCGGCACUGACUUGAAGACGGCGGAGAUCGAAGAAUACGGCGGACUGCACGUGUGCCUCACAUUCCUUCCGCGCAGUCUGCGGACGGAGGAACAAGCAUUUGGUCGCACAUCGCGACAAGGCAACAAAGGCACCGGGCAACUUAUCAUCGUCGGCGACCCAUUAUCCAAUUACCGAAAGCAGCGCGAUCUCGAAGAAAAACGCAUGCUGGAGGAAUUUCGACAACAUGAACUACCGUACAUUCAGAUGAAAGGGAAGCUUUUCGAAGAAUUCUGCGAAUUUUACAACAGCGUUCGUCGACAGCUCCAAAGCCAGCGAAGUUUCUGGAAAAACAUGGGCAACGAGGCAAAAGAUGUCGCGCACGCAUACUUGAGUAUUGGAAGUGGCAGCGCAUCGUCGUUUUUUGAGACCAUUGUACUUUUAUCCGUGGAAGAACAGUGGGCGAAAUUUCUCCUUCGAGUUGAUCGUGAAAAUUUCCAUAGCAAAAAAGCCCAUUCAGAAUUCCGAAAUUUUAAAGCAAAGCUGGAAAAAACGGAAAACAAGCAAGAACUCAUUAAAGCCGCUAACAACGCCUUCUACUUUGUGCAACUGGGAAACGUUGAAUACAUCAGCGAAAAGUAUCCUGCCGCUGUGGAGCAUUAUAAUAUCGCCAUUCAGAUGGACUUAUCGUUUGCUUUUGGAGCUCAAAUCGGCCUUGCCGCAGCAUAUUUGAACACCGGUGAACCACUGGAUUAUAAAAGGAAAGCGGUAGAAAAAUUGAAUAGCGUUCUCCAUCUACUGUACAGGGAGAUGUCGGUCAUUAACACGAUGCAAGUCUUAACGCAAAAACAGCUUCCUCCGGGAUCAAGUAACGAUACCCCACUUUUUCAACAGCUAAUCCAGAAAACUAACCUUCUCGGCUAUUUCAUAAACAGCAUUCAAGCCAAUAUUGACGCGACGGAAAGGUCACUUCGUAAAGUCAAUUUGGACUAUCUGACUGAGUCAGACAGGCGCACACUGCGUCUGCCAAAUGAUCUUCUUCAAAAAAACCCAAAAGAACGAUGUCUGGGUGAAAAUUUGAAGCAGUUUAAGGAAUUUAGCUUAACAUUUCACGAUCAAACAGUACACAAUGAUAGCGGCGAAAAGGAUCAGGCGCUUCAAACACUGCCGGGAACCGCUGCUACUUUGCUGAUGAGUUCGCUGAGGGUAUCCUUAUGCUGUGAAGCCGUUGAUUUAUUGAAACUCGGUGAUUUGCUGAAACCCGAUAUCAAGCUGUUCAAGAAGGUUCCCGAAAUUAGCGUUGAGGUUCUCAAGAUACACCGAGAUUUUGAAAAAGGAGGAAAGUUGUCGUUUCAGUUUAAUGAUAUCAGAGAUAUGGGCGUUAGUAAUUUUGAUCUGGAAAUAUCCGGUCCACUGAAAACAUUAAUAAAAGCAACCAAAAAUUUGAUAAAAAAAUCGAAGACAUUUCAACAUCAAACGAUUAUCGUAACGACUGACGAGCAUCGGCUAAUUAAGAAAUUUUUGCCAUUCGAAAUGGCAGAGCGGGUGAAACUCGACGUCUUCAAGCAGCUCGAAGACAACUGCAUCUACGUUAGAGUCAUCGGAUUGCUUAGAGCCGCUGACGUGCAUCAUGCUGUUGAAUCUUUGGGGAAAGAUUGCCAUCCUGCAGCGCCCGAACUGCACAUUAACUUGACGCUACGAGGUUUGCACAAAAGGGCGCAGAACGAGAGUGUGAAGAGAGAGAGCGAGCCAUAUGCGGAAGUUCUGAAAACAGCAUGGAGUAAAGCGAUUUCAAGUUACAGCGCAAAUCUUGUAUUAUCUGAAAUAUCGCCGGAUAGCGCAAAAGAUGUGAUUAGGGUUCUCCGAAAGUACAAUGUCAGAUUCACCAUGCAGCUGUACAAUUUGAGCUGGGGAGAUGCAAACAAAAUUUUAAAAGACGCCAAGGUCGACCAGGAACAAAUGCACCAGACCAAAGUGCAAGAACUAUCCGAUAUGUUUACCCACGGCCAGCUGCCACUGCAGGAGAUACGCGAACUAAGUGCUCGCGGCCUUAGCAUGUUGGUGUCCUUUAACGAAAAACAGUUCCUUCCAUGGAUUAGCUUGCUCAGCGUCUGCGGACUGGCAUUCGUGCAGGCCGCAGCAGGCGGUUUGCUGAUCACGACAACUUUCGGAGCCAGUUUGGGAAUGUCGCUGGUUACUGAAGCCAUGUCGGAUAUGACCAUGGCUCAUCGAAUCUACGCCACGCGCAGUUUCGACUGGAGCGAUUAUGUUACACAGAAAGCUGUGAGUCUGGUCAUAACAACAUCGACGAUGGGCUUGAACAGCCUGAGUAACGGCGCAAAAGGAAUUAAACUACUUACUACAAAAGCUGCUGCAAGCGGUUCGACGGUAGCGGCCGCCAACACUGCCAUCAUCAAAGCAACCGGCGCGAACUUAAAAGUCUUGGCGGUCAAACAUAUUGCAGUGCGGACGGCGGAAACCGGCGCCCGGAUUGGGAUAAAGGCCCUCAGUGACAAACUGUCGGGAUUCUGUUUUGAACAAAUCCGUGAAGCAAUCACGCGAGAAGUGGAACAAAGAGUAGAGCAAGGCUUUUCCCAUCCAAAUUUCAAGAUUAUCCUGGCAGAAACAUGGGCGCAACAUCGAAUCCUCGAUGCCGGUACUCCCACAUCGACGACGGCGCUGACUCUGCAGCGCAAACUGGAACGACUGGUGAAAGCCACCAUGAACCCGCAAUUGCCGGCGUGGCGUGCGUGGUGGAAUUCAGUCGGCGCUCCGUUGGCUAACGGGAUUCUGUCUGAUCCCAGAUUCACUGGAACCGCCUACAGUAAUCUGGUCAUGUGCUGGGGAGCCUUGUCCGGUGUACACGAAGUAACUACAAUCAUUUCCAAAGUGUUCACAGAACUAGCAAUUAAGCUACACGAAGACGUUGAAGUCUUCCGGCAAAUAUUGCGGCAAAACGAUUUUUCCGCUGAAGCUAUAAGCAAAAUAACCCGAAACACGAAUAUUACUUUCAAAGAUGUUUCAGCAGUUCUGGCUGGAAAAGAAGGCGAAGCAUUGCAAAAAUUGUUGAAAACAUUGUCGGAGGAACAAAAGCAGUUUGACACAGCUCUGGUUAAGGUUGAAAUGAGCGUGCUGCAUAAAGCUGUGACUGAUUUGAUUGUCAGUCACAUUAUUAAAACCGCCAACUCGCACCUCGUAUCCCCAGUGAUGUCGCAAGCGGCCGGUGCAAUAGUGCGCGGCAUCUCCGAAGAACUGCAGAAGCGUUUCGUGGUCAGCGAGGCUCAAGACUCCAGGGACCCAAAGUUCUUGGACCGAACACGAACAGUAAAAGGUCAAAUUGAAAUGAACGCCAAGGAAUACAUGAUCAACUUUCAGUUGCGAGACAUGAUUGUAAAAACGGAGGCAGCCAUCGAACGCGCCGAAAAAAACGGAAUUAUUGAUGGCGCAACUAAUGAUCCGGAAGUCAAAAAGCUUGCAGCGGAUAUUGCCGACAAUAAACCGAUCGACAAUCCUACCUUUCUUUUGUUGGCGAAACUUCAUAACCUUAAUCUGAAGAUCGUUGAAAGUCCUAGUUACGUUCCAACGGAAGCGGAAAGGGCCUCCGGUGUGCGCAUUGUUGUUUAUAUUCCACCGCCUCGCGGCGCAAUCAACGGCGUUGGGCAUUACGCUUUAAAGAACGCCGACGCAGAUGGAUAUGAAAUCGAAGAAACGGGAGCUGAGACCUAUAACAGUCAGAAUAACUGCGGAUAUAAUAUUAUAUCGAGGUUGGCGAAAAAUAACCCGUCGGCGUCUGAUCUACGACUACAGGCAGUGAGGAUGAUUUUGGCUGAUCCACAAACCACACGAGACAUUCUCUGCAUCCACAAAUGGUUCGAAGAUAAUUUCGCACAGGAGGCAACGCAUUUCCUCGGCAUAGCGGGAGUGCGAGCACCUGACCAACUCACACCUUCUGAAAAGAAAGGAAAAGGGAAUGGCAUCAUCUACGUUCUUCAGCCUCUUGACGAAGAUGGCGAUUUGGCUUCCAUGCUGCAACGACUAAAGGUGGCAGCGUUGCUGAUUUACCUUUCGACGGCUCUCCGCUAUUCGUUAGAUAUCGCCGAAGGAACAAGGUUUCUCUAUGAAAACGGCAUAAGUCAUGCUGAUAUAAAGCCAGCAAAUAUUCUCGUGGAGAAGCUGGAUGAGGACAGGAAGCGCUUGCUGAUUGGCGAUCUAGAUGAUCGCCUGGAGAUGCAUCAGGACACUACAGGCGACAUCACUCAUAUACGCGGCACAGCGCGCUACAUGUCGCCAGAAAUGCUGAAAAAAUUUGCGACUCACCCGGGAGAAAAAAUAGGACAGGAAAGUCCGGGCCGCAAAACCGAUAUCUGGAGUUUAGGAUUCACCCAUAUCGACAGUGCACUUCGGUGCGGUCUGCGCGUAGUAUAUCUUGGAUAUCGAUCAAUGAACACUGGUCCCAUGUUCGCGUCACGACCACCCGUGACGUUGAUGAAGUACUUUGACACUGUCACCGAUGAAUGGGAUGAGUGGCCCAAUGACCAACGAGACUCCUUAACCGAAACAGACUUCCAAGCGGCGGUUGUUGACAAGGUUUAUAUGCUCAGCGGCACUUCGUCGUUUUGGUUUUUUUGGUCAACCGACUCCAGUCAGUGCGUUGACCUGAGCAAACAAACUAUUCAGAAGAUAUGCGCAUUACCUAAAGCAAAAGAGUACCUCUGUGCAUUCGCACUGAACAACCGCAUUUACAUGUGGAGCGGUGCGUCGACGAAAGAUAAUUCUUAUGAUACCUACGUUUACGACGCCCAGAAAGACAAAUGGGACACUGAGGUCUUUCAUGUCCUCGAUAGCAUUCUGGCCUUAUGCGGCGUGGAGUGCGUCAGUGUGGUUACUUUUGCCUUGCUACAUUAUGAGCCUGUUCCAAAAUCACUUUGUGCAAAGGGAUUCGAUCAUGCUGCACCAAUCCGGCGGAAGUGUUUCAUAUUUUCCGGUGACAAGUAUUCGCAGCUGCAUCCUCGUGACCAUUGUCCUUCGUGGGAGCCCUACCGGGUCCCUCAGCCGUCCGUGCAGACCGUGGCCGCACAUCCGGUUCCAGUUCCACCGUCAGCUCUGCCAUGCAAUCCGUAUCCGGCGCUUUCACUGAUUGGCCACGUGACACGUUAUUGUGGUUACGAAUUCAACUGUGUCUUCUGCCUGGAAAGUGUGCCGACGCAGCAGUCUGCAACGAUUUCCGCAGGAGAGUUUAGGAACCAUCUGAAGCAGAGCCGGUACUGCUACGGCAAAAAUCUGCAGUUUCUGCGUGCAAUGUUUGACAAAGGAGCCGAAGAGGCCGAGGAGCCGCUGACAAAUGAGCAAGUGAAACGGCAGUUGGUGUGUCUGCUGUGUAAAGCGACGAGGCAGACCAGCCGGUACAGUCUGGAUAUUAACACCACAUGCAGCGAUACCAUGCUGGGAUCAGUUCAAUUCAGCAGCCACUAG